GCUGCCGUUCCUACUUUGCUCUCUGGCUUCAAGUUCUAGCCGCUGCGUUUGGAAGCAGGACAGAUCCACCGGGAUAUAGAGGACCACGGAAAGACAGAACACGACCCGAACCGGUCUUCCUCCAGGUUGCCGAGCCGCUGAAAGGCGUGCCGUUCCGGGCCGUGCCAGGCUCAGACGGGAUGCGCUGGAAGAAUCCUGCCGUCCAGCCACAGGCCACCGCUGGUGUGCUCAUCUGGUAAAUAUAGGACACACCGAGGCAGGAGGGAGGCGAGAUGGGCUUCCUGCACCAGCUGCAUCUCCUGCUGUGGAAGAAUAUCUCUCUGAAGAGGAGAGGGCCGUGGGUGCUGGCAUUUGAAAUUUUCAUCCCACUAGUCCUCUUCUUCAUCCUCCUGGGUCUGAGGCAGAAGAAACCAGCGAUCCCCGUCAAGGAAGUGUCUUUUUACAGUGCCGCCCCGCUCACCUCAGCCGGCAUCAUUCCCAUCAUGCAGUCGCUGUGCCCAGAUGGACAGAGGGAUGAGUUUGGAUUCCUGCAGUAUAAGAAUUCUACAGUGACUCAGCUGUUGGAGCGAAUCAGUGAAGUGGUUGAACAGAACCGCCUCUUCACAUCUGACAGACCGGGUUUGGGUCAGGAUCUAGAGACCCUGCAGCAGCACCUGGAGAGCCUCAGCGCUGCACCUUUACUGCCUGACUACGGCUUCAACAGCAGCCAAGGCUUCCCACUGGCUGGUGUGUUGAAGAACCAGGAAGGUUUCCAGCAGUUCUUAGUCAGGAAUCUUUCCCUCUCCAACGCCACAGCUAGCACGCUGCUCAACAGCUCAGUGAACCUCCAAGAGGUGUACAGUCUGAUCUUCGAUAGUAGAGGGCCAACCAGCUGGAUUCAUGGACCAAAACUCCUCAAUAAGAAACCUGCAGACAAACUUCUGCAGAUUAAGGAGAAGCUGCUGGGUGGUGUUCAGAGUAUGGAUGGAGGUGAAGAUACAGGGAGAGCAGCAAACAGGAAAGCUGUGGUCCAGAUCAUAUCCUGGGCGCUGGGCCUGUCGGCCGCCUCUGGCAGCCGGGCCGAGCAACUUCAGGGGAUCCAGGAGCUGGAGGGAGUUCUCCUGACUGGAUCCAUGCUGCAGUUCCUGACCUGUGGGGAGCGUGGCGACAUUCAGCUCAGGAAGAUUCUGCUGGUUUCUGAGAAGCAGCAGUCUGCACUGCAGGCAUAUCACAGCCUAAUGUGUAGCCGAGAGGAGGGUCAAAGGUCAGAGCGAUUCAGACAGCUGAGCAAGGAGCUACGAGAGCAGAUCAACACUCAAAGUGUCGCUGACAAGCUUCAUGUGGAGCAGGCCGGCCCUCUGGCCCCCCUGUCCCAGUCCCAGCUGGGUGCCCUGCUGAAGGACCUGGCUGAUGUGGAGAGGCUCCUGAAGGACGUGGACGUACUGUCUGGACUGGCCCGCCUGCUGCCCAAAGGAGCAUGCGCCGGGCAAAACCCAGUAUCCCCGAGCAAUGGAACGUGGCCUCUGAAUGCCACCACAUGCAGCAUCAACACAACAGAUGUUCCCAGAGAAGACGGAGAAGAGGGGGCGGAGGGCGAAGGGAAGAAGGAGGGAGAAGAGAAUCCUCACUCCCAGUUCUCAGCUUUUGUUCAGCUGUGGGCAGGACUGCAGCCCAUUCUGUGUGGGAACAACAGGAUCAUUGAGCCAGAGGCGCUGAAGCAGGGGAAUAUGAGCUCACUGGGAUUCACCAGCAAAGAACAAAGGAACCUGGGCCUGCUUGUUCACCUGAUGACUACAAAUCCCAAGAUCCUCUACUCCCCCAUUGGCUCUCAGGUGGACAAAGUGAUUCAGAAGGCGAAUGAGACGUUUGCAUUUGUUGGGAAUGUGACUCACUACACCCGGGUGUGGCUGAACAUUUCUGCCCAGCUCAGGACCUUUGUGGAGGAGGGCCGCCUGCAGAACCAUGUGCUGUGGCUCCAGCAGCUGUCCUCAGAGCUGCAGCAGCAGCCAGAGCUGCUGAACGGCACCGACAGCGAGCUGAUGCAGGCACUGAUGAUGGGAAACUACACACUGCCCAACACCUCCACCCUGCUGGAGCAGCUAGACACAAUCGACAAUGCUGCCUGCGGCUGGACACGCUUCAUGUCAAAGGUCAGUGUGGAUGUGUUCAAAGGCUUCCCUGAUGAGGACAGCAUAGUCAACUACACCCUGAACCAGGCCUACCAGGACAAUGUUUCUGUGUUUGCCAGUGUGAUUUUUCAGACUAACAACGAUGGUUCUUUGCCACCUCAUGUUCUGUACAAAAUAAGACAGAACUCCAGCUUCACAGAGAAGACUAAUGAAAUCAGAAGAGCCUACUGGAGACCUGGGCCCAACACCGGUGGGAAAUUCUACUUCCUCUAUGGUUUUGUGUGGAUUCAGGAUAUGAUAGAGAGAGCCAUAAUCAACACAUUUGUGGGUCACGAUGUGGUGGAACCCGGUAACUAUGUCCAGAUGUUCCCCUACCCAUGUUACACCAGAGAUGAUUUCCUGUUUGUGAUUGAGCACAUGAUGCCCCUCUGCAUGGUGAUAUCCUGGGUAUAUUCUGUAGCUAUGAUGAUUCAGCACAUAGUAGCAGAGAAAGAACAUCGGCUCAAAGAGGUGAUGAAGAUGAUGGGCCUGAACAAUGCCGUUCACUGGGUGGCCUGGUUCAUCACUGGCUUUGUCCAGCUCUCCAUCUCCGUCACUGCUCUCACAGCCAUCCUGAAGUACGGUAGAGUGUUACUCCAUAGUGACCCACUGAUCAUCUGGCUCUUCUUAACUAUUUAUGCUGUGGCCACCAUCAUGUUCUGUUUCUUGGUGUCGGUAAUCUACUCCAAAGCUAAGCUAGCUUCAGCCUGUGGAGGAAUCAUCUACUUCCUCAGCUAUGUGCCCUACAUGUAUGUAGCCAUAAGGGAGGAGGUGGCCCAUGACAAGAUCACUGCUUUUGAGAAAUGCAUUGCUUCUCUCAUGUCCACCACAGCCUUCGGUCUUGGCUCCAAGUAUUUUGCCCUGUAUGAGGUGGCAGGUGUUGGCAUCCAGUGGCGCACCAUCAGUCAGUCACCUGUAGAGGGCGAUGACUUUAAUCUGAGCCUUUCCAUGAUGAUGCUCAUUAUAGAUGCUGGGGUGUACGGUGUGCUAACCUGGUACAUAGAAGCUGUUCAUCCAGGUAUGUAUGGGCUGCCACGCCCAUGGUACUUCCCUCUGCAGAGGUCCUAUUGGUCAGGCAGUGGGCGUGUUGAGACCUGGGAUUGGCCCUGGUGUGGAGGAGGAGCUGCCAGGCUCAGUGUGAUGAAGGAGGACCAGGCAUGUGCCAUGGAUCAGCGCCGGUCCGAGGAGAUGCGGGGCAUGGAGGAGGAGCCGAGCCACCUGAGCCUGGUGGUGUGCAUAGACAAACUGACCAAGGUGUACAAGACCGGCAGCAAACUGGCCCUCAACAACCUGAGCCUCAACCUCUAUGAAAACCAGGUGGUCUCCUUCCUGGGACACAAUGGAGCUGGAAAAACCACCACCAUGUCCAUCCUGACAGGCUUGUUUCCUCCCACCUCCGGCUCUGCCACCAUAUACGGCCACGACAUCCGCACCGAAAUGGAUCGGAUCCGUCAGAACCUGGGCAUGUGUCCGCAGCACAACGUUCUCUUUGAUAAGCUCAGUGUAGAGGAGCACCUGUGGUUCUACUCCAGGCUCAAAGGCAUGGCAGAGGAUGACAUCCGCAAGGAGAUGGACAAAAUGAUUGUGGACCUAGAGCUAUCUAACAAGCGACACAGCUUGGUUCAGACCUUGUCAGGUGGGAUGAAGAGGAAGCUGUCAGUGGCCAUCGCCUUCGUAGGCGGCUCCAGAGCCGUCAUCCUGGACGAGCCCACUGCGGGGGUGGAUCCUUAUGCCCGCAGGGCCAUCUGGGACCUGAUCCUCAAGUACAAACAGGGCCGGACCAUCCUGCUGUCCACCCAUCAUAUGGACGAAGCCGAUCUUUUGGGAGAUCGCAUUGCCAUCAUCUCGCAUGGAAAGCUUAAGUGCUGUGGAACACCACUUUUUCUGAAGAGCACAUAUGGAGAUGGAUACAAACUGACACUGGUGAAAAAGCAAAGUGAAGGCAGAGGCCAGGGGAGCCAGACCAAGUCUCCCUCCUCUUCAUCUCCAUCCUCUUCGCUGUCACCCUGCUCAGAAACUCAGGUCACUGAGUUUAUUCAUCAGUUUGUGGCUACCUGCCUGCUGGUGUCUGACUCCAACACUGAGCUCUCCUAUGUCCUGCCCUCCGAAUCAGUCAAGAAGGGCUGCUUUGAGAGGCUGUUCCAGGCUUUGGAGCAGAGCCUGACUGGCCUGGCUCUGACCAGCUUUGGAGUGAUGGACACCACGCUGGAGGAAGUGUUCCUCAAAGUCUCUGAGGAGGACCAGUCUCUGGACAACAGUGACGCUGACAUGAAGAGCUCACCUGGGGGCAGCUCACUGGGGAAGCUGUCAGUGGGAUCAGGGGCUCAGGAUGGACUAGCGCCUGAGACCGGACCCUUGCUGCACAGUGAGAAGUCUGAGGUUGAGCUGAGUAAUCUGGUGCAGUGCUCCAGGCUCAGCCAGAGCCAGGUGUCACUGAAAUCCUCCUCGUCUGUGGGCUCGGUGCGUGGAGACGAGGGGGGGCCGUAUGCAGAUUUCUAUGGGGAUUACUGCCCUCUGUUUGAGAACGGCCAGGAGUCGGACUCUGCCAGCCUGAGAGGCGAUCCAGAAAAUCCCACCUCCCCAGAGCUGGAAGACCUGGAGGGGCAGGGCAGCUUCAAGCUGGAGGGGUGGUGGCUGAAACUGAGUCAGUUUCAUGGCCUCAUCAUAAAGAGGUUCCACUGUGCCAAGAGAAACACCAAGGGCCUCUUCUCCCAGAUCCUCCUGCCUGCUUUCUUUGUCUGUGUUGCUAUGACUGUGGCCUUAUCCGUGCCAGAGAUCGGAGAUCUACCACCGCUCAUCUUGUCUCCUUCUCAGUAUCAUAACUACACCCAGCCCAGAGGCAACUUCAUCCCCUACGCCAACGAAGACAGGCCCCAGUACAGGAGUAUGCUGUCACCAGAUGCCAGGCCGCACAAGAUCAUCAACACCCUCCGACUUCCCUCAGGUGUGGGGGCAACAUGUGUCCUUAAGACCCCCUUCAACAGCACCCUGGACCAGCUGGCCCAGACCCUCAACCCCAGUGCCAACAACUCCAAGACCCUGGCUGCCCAGUACUUUGACUCUAUGUGUCUGGACUCCUUCACCCAGGGGGUCCCCCUCUCCAACUUUGUGCCCCCGCCACCUUCCCCGGCUCCCUCAGAUGACCCAGACCCUCAUUUUAUUGCCCCUACAACCACAAUUCACGAUCCCGUUACAUCUCCUCCUACCCUCCCUCUCUCCAUCCGUGAGCCGGUGCGUUGUACCUGCUCUAUGCAGGGCACGGGCUUCUCCUGCCCCAGUGGGGUCGGAGGUCGCCCCCCUCUCAUGAAGGUGGUGACGGGGGACAUUUUGGUGGACAUCACAGGGCGGAACGUCUCUGAGUAUCUGCUCUUCACUUCGGACAGAGUGCGGCUUCACAGAUACGGUGGUUUAACUGUGGGGAACAUCCAGAAAUCCAUCCCUGCCUCCUUCGGAAGGAACAUUCCUCCAAUGGUUCGCAAGAUAGCCGUACGCAGAUCAGCUCAGGUCUUGUACAACAACAAAGGCUACCACAGCAUGCCGACCUAUCUGAAUGUACUGAACAACGCCAUCCUGCGCGCCAACUUACCUGUAUCCAAAGGCAACCCUGCUGCUUAUGGAAUCACACUGACCAACCAUCCGAUGAAUAGAACCAGUGCCAGCCUUUCUUUGGACUAUUUGCUGCAGGGCACCGACGUGGUGAUAGCCAUCUUCAUUAUUGUUGCCAUGUCCUUCGUACCUGCCAGCUUUGUGGUUUUCCUGGUUGCAGAGAAAUCCACUAAAGCCAAACAUCUGCAGUUCGUCAGUGGCUGUGACCCUGUCAUCUACUGGCUGGCCAACUACAUCUGGGACAUGCUGAACUACCUGGUACCUGCCACAUGUUGCGUCAUCAUCUUGUUUGUGUUCGACCUGCCAGCCUACACCUCCCCCACCAACUUCCCAGCCGUCCUCUCCCUUUUCCUCCUCUACGGGUGGUCCAUCACUCCCAUCAUGUAUCCAGCAUCCUUCUGGUUUGAUGUUCCCAGUACAGCCUACGUCUUCCUCAUCGUCAUCAACCUCUUCAUAGGCAUAACUGCAACCGUGGCCACCUUCCUCCUGCAGCUGUUUGAGCAUGACAAGGAUCUAAAGAGAGUCAACAGCUACCUGAAGUCCUGCUUCCUCAUCUUCCCCAACUACAACCUGGGUCACGGUCUGAUGGAGAUGGCCUACAACGAGUACAUCAAUGAAUACUACGCUAAAAUAGGCCAGUUUGACAAGAUGAAGUCUCCGUUUGAAUGGGAUAUUGUGACUCGAGGACUCGUUGCUAUGACGAUAGAAGGCUUUGUUGGCUUCCUCAUCACCAUCCUUUGCCAAUACAACUUCCUGAGGAAACCACCGAGGGUGCCGGUCAGCUGCCAGCCUGUCGAUGAUGAUGAUGUAGAUGUGGCCUGUGAGAGACAGAGAGUGCUGCGGGGCGAUGCUGACAGUGACAUGCUGCAGAUCGAGAACCUGACAAAGGUGUAUAAAUCCAGGAAGAUGGGUCGCAUCCUGGCCGUGGACCGCCUGUGUCUUGGCGUCCGGCCCGGGGAGUGCUUCGGGUUGCUGGGAGUGAACGGAGCAGGGAAGACCACCACAUUCAAGAUGCUCACCGGAGACGAGUGCACCUCUGGAGGAGAGGCUUUCAUCAACAGAAACAGCAUCCUGAAGGACCUUCUGCGUGUCCAGCAGAGUAUCGGCUACUGUCCACAGUUUGAUGCUCUGUUUGAUGACCUGACUGCCAGGGAGCAUCUGCAGCUUUAUACUCGACUUCGUGGGAUUCCCUGGAAGGACCAGGAAAGGGUUGUACAGUGGGCUUUAGAAAAGUUGGAGCUAUCAAAGUAUGCAGACAAGCCAGCUGGGACUUACAGCGGAGGAAACAAACGCAAGCUCUCCACAGCUAUUGCUCUGAUCGGAUACCCGUCCCUCAUCUUCCUGGAUGAACCCACCACUGGCAUGGACCCCAAGGCCCGCAGGUUCCUCUGGAAUCUAAUACUGGACAUAAUCAAGACGGGCCGCUCCGUUGUGCUCACAUCACACAGCAUGGAGGAGUGUGAAGCACUGUGCACUCGACUGGGAAUUAUGGUAAACGGCCGGUUUAAAUGUCUGGGCAGCAUCCAGCAUCUAAAGAACAGAUUUGGGGAUGGCUACAUGAUAACUGUGAGGACUAAAAGCAGCGGUAAUGUGAAGGAGGUGGUGCGGUUCUUCAACAGGAACUUCCCUGAAGCUGUUCUGAAGGAGCGUCACCACACCAAGGUCCAGUACCAGCUCAAGUCUGAGAGCAUCUCCCUGGCCCAGGUGUUCAGUAAGAUGGAGCAAGUGGUGGAGGUCCUGGGCAUUGAGGACUACUCCGUCAGUCAGACCACCCUGGACAACGUGUUUGUUAACUUUGCCAAGAAGCAGAGCGACAACUUGGAGCAGCAGGAGGUUCUGCCCCCUGGUGGCGGGCAGUCCCCAUUGCAGCGCAUCUUCAGUUUCCUGAAAGUGCGGCCUGCCAACACGGAGUGGAAUGCUCUGAUCAGUGAGGCUCCAGAGGAGCUCGAUACUGAUGAUGAUGAAGGACUCAUCAGUUUUGAAGAGGAAAGGGUGCAGCUCUCCUUCAACACAGACACCCUCUGUUAAAACAGAAAACCUUUGGAGCAGAGAGACUGAACUGAUCCCACUCUUUUGGACCUCUGAGGCUUACAGAGUGACCUCUGACCCCAGGGGACGUUUGGACCUCUACGGGCUGCUGGGUGGGACAGCGGUGGCUGCAGACAGAGCUGCAGAAUGGAGGGCCACUCCACCCACAGCUUCUCCUGAAUGUAUGAGUGGCUGUCAUGCAGCUACACCUGGAUGGAUGUGAAAGACUGUUUGGUUCUGCAGCUUACUUUGACCAGAUGGACCAGUGGAACCAGAUGGACCAGUGGAACCAGAGUGGAACCCUCACACCAAUCUCAGCUUGUCUUGAGAGCAUGCAGUCAUGAUGAGAAUGUAAUAGUCUAUUUUUCUGUGGCAGGAAGAAUGAUUUAUUUUGGAUAUUGUAAGGACAGCAGAUCUUACAUGGAGACGCUUUUUGAUGUCAGUCACCUAGAGGCCGUUCACACAGCUUGAUUAUUGUCCUGAUGGUGGCGCACUGUUCUCAUCUUGCUCUGUGUCAGACAAAAUGUUUUCCUUUGUGCUUUAGACAUAUCAUAUUGUGGACUAUCAGUUUUAUACAGUGUGUAUAGUAAGUUAACAGUUACUGCAUCAACCUGGAGAGACGACGACCGAGCUGCCAUCACUGUGACACUAAAAUCAACUCAGUACACAAUAUUUACUACUGGAACUACCUUCAGCUUAAUGUUUAUUAAUUACAAGAUUUCUGUGAUGUAUUUUAUAUAAAUGUGCAAAAGACAGAAAAAAGAAGCAUAUUUCCAGAAAGCAAAAGUUAGACUAUUUGCUGGCAUGUGGAUUUAAUCAACUUUUUUCAUUAGUUUUGUUAAACCAAGUAGUGAUUCCUCUUGUUCAGAAUUGUUGUUUCAUUCCUCCUUUCACAAACAUUUCCAGUCCCGGAUUUUGGUUUUAAUAUGUAAAUACUGGCAUUUUUCUGAUGUGAUCGUUAAACUUGAAAACUUUUGAUUUUUUUGUCUGAAGGUGUAUAAGCAGACAGAGGCAUUGUCAGCUUGUAUUCAUUUUAUUGUAAAAUCUGAUUGAAAAGGCCACAUCUGGAUCUCACAGAUGCACAUCUGUCUGAUCACCUGACUCUGAAGUCACAGCUCUGAACUUUUUUCUGUUAAAUUAAUGAAAAGAAUCAUAGAUCAGUUUAGUUCUUCAUUCUUUUGAAUGCAAACAUAUAACUAUAGUAAUCAGUUUUAUCAUAAUUAAGUCUAAUUACAGAAGCGGUGUGUAGAUCGAUCCUCACUGCUGCCAUGGGAACCAUCAGCAAGGAAGAACCAGAUGUCCAUUAAUUCACAACCUUCACUAGAGAUCAAUCUGGAAAGAGUUCUGAUCAUUUCCAAACAAUCUGAAGUUCAUUCAUGUGAAAAAGAAAGUUCAGGUAGGAAACCUGCCAACCCCAAGAGAAAAGAUCACCUCAGACUCUUCAGGCUUCAUGCUAAAGGUUAAAGUUCAUAAAAAGACUAUUAGAAAUAUUGACCCAAAACUACAGUUAAAUAAAUCCAAAACUUUCUGGACUGUAUGAAGAGCAGAUGAGACCAGAGAUGUUUGACCAUAACUUUUAUCAAGCACUGCUGACAGUGACUGUAAACACAGCAGAACGUCUCCAGAAGAUAAAGAAAACUCAAAAGUGUUCCAUCUGGCCCAUUCAAAGUCUAGAAUGGGCCAAGCACUGAAUGAAAUGCUGUAGUGAGACCUUCAUAGUCAUGCAUUUAGAAAUGCUGAAGAUGUUAAAGUGGAGACUUUCAAUUAGUCACACAAAGCUUCUGGGAGUGUUCAAUUAUCAUAUCAUUAUGAUGAUCUUAUCACAAACUGUUUUAGAUUCAGUUCAUGGAACAAAACACCAGUACUUAGUUUCCACCAGUGAUCUGUUUAUUUAUUGACCAGAUCAUUUUCUACUUGAUCUUCUAGUACUGGGACAUCAGAAAUGAGUUUAGACUUUACUUCUAACUGGCGCUACAAAUCAGCAGCAACUUGUUUCAGACUAACAGGGCAGUAAUUCAUGUCACCAGCAGCAGAUUUAUGCAAACUUUUAAAAAGAGAUUGAUUGAAAUCUGGAACUUCAAAACUUGUAUUUGGAGGUGAUGAGAGUCAGCAGAUUGUCAUUUGGGUGAUGUGUUUUCUGUUAGCAUUUUAUUUGAAUAAGGAAGCAGUUGUUUCCCUGAGAUGAAGGUACAGUCACCCACCGGCCCUUAAUGUUGUUGAGCUUUACCUUGGGCUUUGCAGCGCUGGAUACUGUUCAGAGUCUGCUAAAGAAAUGUUGAUUCUUUUUCAUUUGGGGCUCUUGAUUUUGUUUUGUUUUGACAUCAGCAUAUUUAAACAUAACUUUCCAUGUACAGACUGCUCGAUGUUCCUAAUAAAGCUUUCUGUGAGUAUAAAUUCACACAGA